CAACGAGGAAAAUGUGCAGGCAGUCAAUCAAGCUCUUAAGGCUUUGCAACAAUGGAGCCGACCCCAGUUUAUUAUUUAUUUUUUAAAUUGAUGUAUUUCAUUAUCACAAGGUGUCUGCUUGGUGGGGUAGUGGGGACGGGCAGGAAGGGAGGGAGGGAGGGGGGAGGGCAACAUGAUCAAUAAUUGAUAUGCGGUGUGAAAAAGCUGAUUUGCUGCCUCUCCUCUGGUGCACUUGUCACUGGCUGUUGUCAGAACACAUUUGCUUUGAUGACAAAUUUGAAGAAGUGAACAACAGCAUCACAUCUGAUUACAAAUUUAGCGAGUGGUGAAAGGCAGGGGCCCCUUCUUGCUGGGGCACUGUUUGUUCAGUGCGCUCUGGAGGAACAACUACCAGGGCUCUGAGGUGAGUUACAGUCUUGUAAGCAGAGAGAUGAGAGGGGGGCUGAACUUUUUUGUCAUGUGUCAGUAAACAGCGUGACUUGUUUGAAAGGCACCUGGAUUACAGGGUGAAAAGUUGCUCUUUAAACCUUUAAAGCUUUGGGGCAUGGGAGACACGCCACGUCAAAACAGAGUGCGGAGAUGAGGAGUGAGAGCCAACUAAAAGCCAUCGCUCCCCCUGGUGCGUCUGCUGAGAGACAGAGGAGUUUGUCCUGCUUUUCACAGCGUUUGGGUCAUGAUGUAUGGUGGAGCAUCUCAAAUUGAUUUAGUCAAAUAAAGGAAGACACAUGAACGCUUCAAACAAUCCAGGUUUCCUGAAAGACAGCUUGUACUGAGGCAAAGAAAAUCCCUCAUAAACAAGGACUUGAUUGUUACAAAGGUGCUCAAGACAAAAGGGAAGAACUGUGAUUUAAAUUUGUGAUAUUUUGAAGAAACGCAAUAUGUCGUCGGUGCAAAAUGUGGCACUGGUGUGACACUUCUAGUGAUAUGCCUGAAAAUAGAUGCAGGUCAUAAAACAAGCAUAAUCUUAGGAGGUACACUGGUAGUAAGAUUUUCCUCUCAGGUUUGCACCUAAAUCAUCACCUGCGAGUCAUCAGAAACUAACACAAAGUCUUCAUGGUGAUUUCAUUGCUAAGAGCAGUUCUUAAUUAGCCUAAAUGUUGUUUCUUUACAAUUACAUGUACAGAGUGGGGCUUUACCACAAACUUUAAAACUAAAUCCUGAUGGGUAACAGGAGGAAAAAAACAAAACCACAUAUCAACAACUCAACAUAAUUGACAGCUGCAUCCAUUUGCUCGGUCCAAACCCCUCCAACCCCCCCUUUCCUCCUGCUUUUUCACUCUGUUCUUCCAACACCAUUUCCUCUUUUAAUUAUCCCCCAGCAAAAAAGAUGGAGCACAUCAGACGCAUCGCGGUAAAUCCUGGCCCUGGCACGGGCUCAUAGUGGCUCCUGCGUCUGGCAAUCCCGAUAGAGCCUGCGCGCUGGCAGUGACAAGAGAGGGAGGAUGCCUGGAGAUUUUCUGACAGAAAGAAUGGAGAGGAUGAUCUCUCAGCAAAAGAGAGGUCCUCAUUCUACUCCCGGCGUGGGAGGUUUUUGGCGAGCGCGUUCCGAUCAUACCACAUUUUCACCCAUUCAUGUGUAUCACAACCAGUCAAUCUAUAUACCCAGCAGUAACCUGAGUGAUACAUGCCUCUCUCUCCUUCUCAAGAUUAUCUUCUACGAAGGCCGCAACUUCCAGGGACGUCACUGGGAGUGCAGCAGUGACUGCAUGGACACCUUCAGGCAUUUCAACUGCUGUAAUUCCAUCCGUGUCAGUGGUGGUCACUGGGUGGCCUAUGAGAAGCCUUACUACAUGGGAUACCAGUACAUCCUCGGCCCUGGCGAGUACCCUGACUACCACUGCUGGAUGGGCUUCAACAACUGUAUCCGCUCCUGCCAGAUGUUCCCCCCUUAUAGAGGAUCCUACAGGAUGAGGAUCUACAACAGGCCUGACAUGAUGGGACACACAAUGGAGUUCAUGGAUGACUGCCCCAACUUGUAUGAGCGCUUCCGCUACCGUGACAUUUACUCCUGCAACAUCAUGGAGGGUUACUGGAUCUUCUACGAGCACCCUAACUACAGGGGCCGCCAGUAUUUCCUGCGCCCUGGAGAGUACAGGGCCUGUGGUGACUGGGGCUGCCACAAUCCCAUGGUGGGCUCAUUCAGAAGGAUGAGGACUCUCAUGUAA